GGCGGUGAGCAUCAACCGGGCAGGGGACCGCUGAGGCCCACAAGGCCACAACGACCGUGACCCUGGGCGACGGGAACACGGGCGGACGGGCGCACACGCCGCCAAGCUGUGCGCGACGCGAGGGGCUGACAGGAGGGAGAGCCGCGAAGAUCUCCAGCACCGGCCCCGGGGACACCGGGCGGAGAAGAGCAGCCGGGCCCGCGAAUUCGGCGGCUCAUCUUCAGCCGGCGGGCGCCCUCUCUCGCUCGGGCGAGGAGGCGGCGCGACUCUCAGCGGAAGCGGGGCCCGCGGAGCCACAGGGCAGGGUUUCCCGGGCUGGGGCCCGGGAAGGCACCGCGGUGCCAGUCGGCACACCCAGACAGCGAAGGCGAACCUCCGAGAAAGAGAAGAGCGGGACCCCGCCACACGCCCGGGAGGGCGCCGCCGGCCGGCCGAGGAGCUUCCCCAGCCCCACAGAGGCCGCCGCAGCCGCCGCCGCCGCCGCGCGGGCGGGGCGAGAGGGCGGCGCCGGAUCCGCCGGGGCGGGGCCUUGUGACACGCCGUCAGGGCCCGCCAGUCUGGCAGCCCAUUGGCUCUUCGUUACCGCCCUUUUCCGGGCAGGAAACUGGUCGCGCUGCCGGAAGUCGGAGGACCCUCAGGCUGGGAGGUAGCGGCGGCGUUCAAAGCAGCGCGCCCCGACGCUGUCACUGUCGGCCGGCUUACGCACUCCGGCUUUGGCCCGAGCUAGGAGGCCCCCCGAAUUCUGGCAGCCCCUUGGAAGGGCGUUGGGCCGGACCGCGAGGUCUCCAGCGCGCUGACAGAAAAGCCCCGCCCCUAGGAGCUCUCGGAAAGUUUCCCGGAGGAGGGAAGCCCCUCCGAGGUACCGCCCCGGGGCGGGGCCCGCACGCCAUGGCCACGCCCCCGGGCGCCGACUCCGCGGCUCUGCGCUUCGGCGCCGCGGCCAGCUGGCACGUGGUGCGCGGACGCUGCGUGGAGCACUUUCCGCGAGUCUUAGAGUUUCUGCAAUCUCUGCGCGCAGCCGCCCCUGGCUUGGUUCGCUACCGACACCAUGCACGCCUGUGUAUGGGCCUAAAGGCCAAGAUGGUGGUAGAGCUGAUCCAGCUGGACCGGCCCUGGGCGCAGGUUCUUAAUGCCCUGCAUCGCCAUUUCCCCGAGUGUGGACCUGUGGUGCGGGACCCCAAAGCUACAAAGCAGGAUCUGAGAAAGAUGUCAGAGGCUCAGCAAACCUUUUGCCAGCAGGUGAAGCAGCUCACAGAGGCUCCAGUGAAUUUGUCUUACAAGCUGCAGGAACUGGAACAGGAGUAUGGAGAACCCUUCCUGGAAGCCAUGGAAAAGCUACUUUUUGAAUACCUGUGUCAGCUGGAAAAAGCACUACCUCCACUGCAGGCACAGCAGCUUCAGGACACAUUCAGUUGGAUGCAGCCUGGAAUUUCUAUAACCUUGUCUUCUGCUUUGACCCAAUAUGCAGUGGACAUGGGGUGGCCACGUUUAGAGUGCUCUGUUACUGAUUCCUGGAACACUUUAGAGUCCAUGGAGCAGAGUCCUCCAAAACGAAGAUCAGCACUCGGCAAUCCUUUGCCAAAGGCCAUGGCCAGUCCACACCAUCCGCAGGGUCCAGUCUCAAGGAAGCACCCAGAGCCUCUGGCUGGCCACCACUUCAAUCUGGCCCCUCUAGGCCGACGAAGAAUUCAUUCACGAUGGGCUCCCAAAAGGGGAGGCCAAAAGGCACGCCCCACAGUCAUGUUGCUCCCCUUUAGGAAUAUAGGCACAAGCCACAUCCUAUCUAAACCCAAGAACUUGCAGGAACGACGUGAGGAGUAUGGGGCAGACCCAGCAGGUGCUGGGAGCACGAGAGCCGCCCCCACUGAGAAGUCUCAGAAUCCAUCCCAGACCCCUGGGGAAAGGGCCCUGAAGGAGAACCUAGUUGACCUGUUUACCUCCGAACAGAAAGAGAACUGCUUGGCUUGUCCCUUGGGUACCCCAACAGUGUCAGUAUCACCACCUAGGGCCAUGACAUCAGUGUGUCCUUCACCUGCAUGCAGCUCUUCCAUUACAAUAGGGGACCUGGUUUUGGACUCUGAAGAGGAAGAAAAGGAGUGUCUGGAAAACUAUCAGAAGACAAAGUUUAACACCCUGAUCCCCACAUUCUCUGAAUACCUCCCCCCUUUCCCAUAAUUCUAGACACCUAUGAUAGAAAGGAAUGCCCCUGCACUUUACCUGUUUCCUUUUUCCUUAAUUCUGUACAAGUUAUGGAAAGUCAAGUUAACCUGACUGUAAUGCUUGGUAAUUAAAUUUUGAUCUUUUAUAAAAA